AUGUACAGAGGUCACUGGCUAACUGGAAGAGCCGAUCUUAAGGAUCGAGCUGACACCGAGAUUUCCCAGGCAGCCACGGAGGCCGGACCCACCAUCGAUGUACUUAGCUGGAACUGUGGAGGCCUCACCUCGGCCAGGUAUGCCGAGUUAAAGCAGUGGCUCCACAUGCAGACCCCACAGGCACGUCCGGGGAUCACCAUCAUCCAGGAGACAUUCUGGAAAAGCUCCAGUGAGUGGGAGGACGAGCUGUUCUCCUAUGUGCACUCAGGCACGAACCGCAAUAAAGAGGGGGGCUUGUUGGUGAUAAUCUCGAAGCAAGUGUGCCAAUCGAACCUUAUCAGGUAUGAUGAAAUUCAGCCGGGCCGCCUUCUCCACGUCAGGCUGGCAACGGAGCCAUGUACCAACUUGCUAGCAGUCUACCAGCACUCAUGGCGAAGUGAUCUCAGCACUGCAUCAAAAGAGCUGCUGCUCUCUAAGCGUGCCACGGUUUGGCGCAGGAUUCAGCAAUUUGUGCGUGGGACCUCUGCCCGGUCCCAACUUGUGUUGGCAGGUGACUUCAACUGCCCUAUCACUGAAUGUCUGCCUUUUGUUGGCAAGGGCAACCGUCGCAACAUCCGCGCGGGGCACCGUGAACUUCCGCCCAUGGCAGCCGACUCGGAUGAAUUUCUUGAUAUCUUGAAGAAUGAGGACUUGCAAGUACUCAAUAGCUUUGGCAAGUCGGGCCUGGCCUGCAGCACAUACAUCAACGCGUCGCAAAAGCCUGUUCAGGGAUCGCAGAUCGACUUUAUCAUCAUGCGCCGAUCUCAGGCGGACGACGGCAGUCGCUGUGCCCAGCUUCUGCGAGACUUCCCGCUUCUCCCCAUUGAGGGCAUGUGGCAUUACCCACUGCGGGCACGCUUGCCGUGCCCUCGGUUGCCACGACACCAAAUGCGGGGACAACGCCUCACACCUGACUCUGCUUCACUGGCCUUGAAUCAACAGCCUGUCAAGGCACAGCAGUUCCAACAGUUGGUGGCGCAGGCACUUGACCAGUGUGCCGAUAUGGAAGGAAUCAACACUGCACUUACUCAGUCCUGGUCCCAGGUCUUCGGGCCCGUUCGGCGACAGCGUACGGUCCAUGCCAAGGACUGUUGUCUUGCGAAUAUGUGGCACCAUAGAACCAGAGCCACACAAGCUAGGUCGUGGAUGGCCCGAUGGCAUCACAUCUCCCGAUACCAGGCCAUUCGCCGUACUAUUCAGCAGCGUGUGCGGGCUGCCAAACAAGCCAGGCUUCAGCAACAACUUCUUGAUGCGGAGUGUGCGAGCACCCGAGGAAACCCCGGAGCAUUGUAUCAAAUCAUUCGUCGAAUUGCACCGAAGCUCCGACGGAGGAAACUGCAGCUGAGAGACGAGCAUGGCCGACUGCUUGGCCCCCGAAAGGAGGCGGAACACAUACUUGCUCACUACUCGGAGGUAUUUGCUUCAGCUUCUGCCACGGAGGACUCCUGGCUGACGCAGCCAUUCCACUUCGAGGAAAUGGAAUUCCAGGCCGCUCUUUCUGAACUUCCGUUGCAUAAAGCCUUGCCUGCCCACUGUGCCCCUGCCCCACUCUGGCGCUGGUGUGCUGAUACAGUCAGCUCGUGCACGGCUCGGCUCUUGAAGUGUGGCUUGCAAGCAGGAUCGUUUAGGCAGCAGUGGCCACUUGAAUGGGCGAUCUCAUUUCUGUGUCUCUUACCCAAAACAGAUCAGAAACUUGACGCUGUGACCAAGCUCCGCCCCAUCUCCUUAUUGCAUCCUCUUGGUAAAUCUUUCGCUGGCAUGCUCAUGUACCGGGUUAGGGACACCAUCGCGCACAAGCUGGCGGACACUCCACAAUUUGCCUACUUAGUAGGACGGUCAACAGCAGAUGCGGUUGAUCGGGCUGUGUGGCACAUCCACCAGACUAGGCAACGGGUCGGUCAACAGCACACGAUCCACCACAGGCGUGCGGGUAUACCCCAGCACGAGAUCCGCGGCAGCCUUACUUUGAGCAUUGACUUACGUAGGGCCUUCGAUUCCAUCGACCGGUGUCUUAUCACUAAGUCGUUGGAGUGGGCUGGCGUGCCCACUUCUCUGGUCGAGGUCAUUGUCGGCAUACACGAAGCCAUGCGUGUUAGCUAUACUUCUUGCUCGGGAGAGGCCCUGUCCACCGCGACAGGACGCGGCCUCCGACAAGGAUGCCGUUUGGCCCCUAUCAUUUGGGCCUGCAUAACUGGCUAUUUGAUGUCCAAACUAGGCCCGUUACUCGAUCAAGGAGAGCUGCGUCCCCUGCUCACUCUGUUCGCAGAUGACACUCUGGGCCAAUGGGAGAUACAAUGCAAAGAGCACCUGUCCAUGGCAUUGACCCAGGUUGCCUUCUUACUCGACUUCUUGAAGGCACACAACCUGUGUGCCAAUACAGAGAAAUCGGUGAUUCUCAUCAAGCUGGCAGGCCAGUUUUGCGAGGAUCCAGGCCUCGACAUCGUUGGACGCCGUCAGCUUUAUGCCACGGCAGUGCGACACUUGAGGGCUAUGGCCAACUCGCCGUCUCACAUCAGCAGGGAAACCACCUCGGACCUUCUGCUCAGGCUGGAGCUGCCGCACCCUGCGGAUAUGCUGCUUGACAAGACAAAGGCCAGACAUGAACGCACUAGUCAAUCACAGGUCUUCGCAUUGCAGCCACAGGGCCUGACACAGGUUUGGGAUGCUGUUCUGAGCUCCCUUGAAGUGCCAGGUAGGAAGUCCCCUGCUCCCUCACAACCAGCUGUUGCGGUGACACCGCCGGCUAAUUUGUCUGCUGUGACACAGGAGGACAAUUGCCCACCUGAGCCUGCAGCUGAGAAUGGACCGGAGGACCCGGUGGAAGUGAUACACGCAACACCUGCUGAGGUCACGACACCCACUGAGACGACGAACAUUUUCUGCUUGCAGACUUUUCUUUCUUUUAAAAACCUGACAGGCAGCAGAGCUGCCGUGUUUUGCAUGUGA